AUGGAUACUACAUCAACUACACCAACAAUGACAUCGACAACGACCAUCUCUGAAGAUAAUGUGAUGACAACAAUCGUUGAAGGUGGCACAAUGAGUGUACAUGCUAUACCACCUACUACUACAACAGUUGCAGCCACUGUAAUAAUACAACAACAUCAACAACAACAACUACAACAGCAGACGAUAGAUAAUCAUGCAACAACUGUAGUAGACCAGUUUAUAAAGUUACAAUCUCAACCAGGAGGUGUCGAACAAUGGUUGAGUACUCUUGAUAAACAACAGUUGUCAACAACAGAUGGAUGUGGAAGGACAUUGUUGUAUGUGGCCACUUCAGAACAGAAUUAUGAUGCAGUGCGUCAGCUGAUCAAACAGGGAGCAGACGUCAACCAAUCGGUCAGAUUGUAUAACAUUGGAACGCAGGUGGUCUCGUCCAACACACCAUUCUCAUUGCUCAACUACACAUAUCCCGCGUCGGAGGAGACCGUGCUGCAUCUCGCGUCGCGCAAUGGAGACCAUCAGAUGCUCACACUGCUCGUCGAGAGCGGUGCCAACAAGGAGGCGCAGGACAGUCUGCGCAGGACACCCUACGUCCUUGCCGCCGCCAAUGGAAGAACAGAGUGUUCAAGACUGCUGAUACUGUCUGGCGUAAACGUCAAUGCUGUGGACUGCUAUAACAAGACUGCACUACACUUGGCCAUCGAUCAGAAUCACGAGGAUAUCUCGACGACGAUCACGAGGAAUGGAGGUGAUCUCUCUGUGCGCUAUCAUUACAACCCGCAUGCCAAGGCAAACAUGCUGAGCAACGACAUUGAGACAGGACAGGGAAAAGAGCACGAGAUUGAGAUCAUCGAGAAGCUGGACCGCUACGGCCACAUCACCGACCAGAACCAGGUACAGACCAAGAAGGACAGUGAGCGCGAGGCUCGGCUCAUCGAGCUGGAGCUAUCCCGCGCGCAGAAAUGGUGGAAGAUGAUGCGUUCGUGGACGCCCGGCAAGAAGCGUCCGUCCAAGGUGGCGGAGCGCUCAAUCAAGGGCAUCCCAGACAGAGUGCGUGGACAGGCCUGGCGACUGCUAUCCAAUUCAGACAUCAACAAACUGGCGCAGCCCAAUCUGUACGGCCAACUGCUCGACCAGCCUUCCGCAUCAGAGCUGGUCAUUGACCUGGAUGUCAACCGUGCAAGCAGGAACUACAUCUACUUCCGCGAGCGAUAUGGUCACGGACAAGUGGCCCUCUUCAACGUCCUCAAAGUCUAUUCCAACUUUGAUCAAGAGAUUGGAUACACACAGGGCAUGAGCUCAAUCGCUGCUCUUCUUGUUAUGUACAUGCCAGAGACUGAUGCAUUCUGGACAUUUGAACGAUUGAUGAAUGGUGAGAGAUACAACAUGAGACAUCUGUUUGUCACUGGUUUGAUCAAGUUACAUCAGAUGAUAUAUGUGUUCGACAAGCUGCUAGCCAAGAAGAUGCCAUCUCUUUCCAAACACUUUACUCGUAUUAAUCUAGGAUCAGUACUAUUCGCGACCAAAUGGUUCAUAAUUGGAUACCUGGAUACAUUGCCGUUCUAUCUGAUAUUGCGUACAUGGGACCUGAUAUUUAGCGAAGGUUAUAAUAUAGUCUAUGCAGUGGCCAUCACUCUACUUAGACACUUUGAAGGUCAACUGGUUGGCAAACCAUUUGAAGAAUGUUUCCAGGUGUUCCAGCAACUCGAGAGACUGGAAAUGGAUCAGGAUGAAUUUGUAGCAUCAGUGAUGAAGAAUGUAAUAAGCAACAAGAAGAUUGAGAAGUUGGAGAGGGAGUAUCAGGCAAGCCAGAACGUUCCACCACCAUCAUCGCGCAUCGCCGCUGGCGGCGCUGGAGACAAAAAGUCAAGGAGGUCAAUGAGGUUCGCGAGUAGGAAGUAG